GAAUCUAUGGACAUAGCCUUUAUAAUACUAUGGGACUUAUGUCGAAAGGAAAUCUUAUAGUUUCACCACUAUCGUUUGUUGAGUUUAACAAGUGCUAUCUUUACUACAUCUUUUGCUAUGGAUGAUCUUUAUGUCUCCCACCCAUUGAGGUUUCGCACCGAGAUUACUGAUCAUACCUUUAACGGCCGGCACCUGUUAACAUAUAUAGUUACUUUCACUAUCAUCGCGAGCAUCAUCUAUCUUGUCCGAUCUAAUAGGAAGAGCAAUGAUGGUCUUUGGAAUGCGAAUAAACGGUUCUCUUGGGAACCUGCUUUCUUCGCUCGAUUCCGUUGGAUCACCAAUGCGCAAAAGAUCAUGAAUGAUGCAGAUGUUAAGUCUCAAGGUCGCACGUAUCGCCUCUCGCGGGGGGAUAUUGACCUGAUAAUCCUGCCGCCAGCUAUGAUUCCCGAGCUAAAUAGCUUGGGAAUGGAUGUGCUGAAUAGUCGUGAAUAUCAUGCAACUGGCCUCCUUGGACAUCUUACGGGAAUGGAUGUUGUUCGCAAGACAAGUUUCCAUGUCCGAGUAUUGCUAUCAUAUAUUAGCCCAGCUCUCCCAACACUAUUUUCUCUAGCAGGCGCUCGCAUCUCGGCAGGUAUUGGGAACGAGUUCCCCCAGGGUUAUGAGUGGACUAAGGUUUAUUUAAAUAAGGGCAUAGUACGUUGCAUCAGCGAGGCAAUAGCUCUUACACUAUAUGGCGCCGAGAUGACUGCUAGCAAUCCCGAACUGGUUCGUCUUACACAUGAGCAUACGAAUAACGUAUUCAAGGUGUGCUUUGCGAUGCGUUGUGUACCGCGUCCCUUGCAGCCGUUCCUUGUCUGGCUUCUCCCAGCAAGAUGGAGAUUGGUCAGCGGAUGGAGAAAACUAAGGAACUAUGUUGUGCCCCGGGUACUACAGCUGAAGGAAGCCUAUAGCUAUAAUGAUAGCAAACGUUCAACUACAGUCAACCCUGACGUCAUCUCCUCGAUGGUAAAAGAUGGCCGAAACGAGAUGGAACGGGAUCCUAUUGUGCUGACUACUCUCGUCGGAUCCAUUGCUGCCGGGUCCACAUAUAGCAUCACUAACUUUUGUUGCCGUACGAUUGCAGAUAUGGUGGCACAUCCAAACGUAUUAGACGCCGUACGUUCAGAGAUCCAGGAAAAGCAAGACCAAGUUCAUGGUAAGUGGGAUAUGGAAACUCUAGCAACUUUGGAGAAACUCGAGUCGACGAUGAAGGAGUCAUCGCGCUUAGCACCCGGUUCACUGCUGGUAUAUAGUCGCGUUGUCAAGAAGGAUCACAUGCUCUCUAACGGCCUCCAGCUUAAGGAGGGCCAAUUCGUCACCAUUUCCGGCGCUGCGAGGACUAUGGACCCAACUCUCUUCAAGAAUCCACAUCAAUAUGAGGGCUUACGCUUCUGUGCCGAAGACAAGACCGGGGAAAGCCGAACGCGACCCUUUAGUGAAAUUGAUAAUAACAUUCUUACUUGGGGCGCAGGGAGAUGGUCCUGCCCAGGCCGUUUGAUCACCGAUAUGGCUGCAAAGAUUUUACUCAUUAAGUUAUUGCAUGAGUACGAGUUUUCCUUCAUCGAUGACCAGCCAUUGACGCGCAGUGCUAUGCACGAGUUCCUCUACUUCCACCCAGAGGACCAGAUGCUGAUGCGUCGAAGGGAAGACAUCUCUGAAAUCUCAUUUGUCUGA